AUGCUUGACCUCUAGGCAAAAACCAAUAAAGAAAUUUGGCAAGCUAAAAAAUUAUUGUAUGAAAGUGAUGGCAACACUAAAAAAAGCUUAAUUGUUAAUUUGGUUGCUUUGGGAUUAUUAUGUAUUUUGCUUUUUUACAGUAUUGUGGGUUCAGAUGAUAAAUGGACUUGUGAGAUCGAAUCUGCUAACAACAGAGGUCAUUAUAUUUGUGUCGAGAUGAGAAGAACGAUGAAUUGUAAAACUAUUAGUGGACCAAUAAGAUCUGAAAUAUUCUUGAAGGUGAAGAAAGAUCUUCAAGCUAGUGCUAUAAUUGAAUGCCCUUGGGAGAUUGCUAUUUCAGAGAUUAGAUUAUGCUUUAUAUUAUUAUCAAUAUCUAGUGCACUCAUUGGAAUUUACGCAUUACGAAAAACAAAUAAAAAGUAUGCAGAACUAAGUUUUCAAAUUGGGAUAUCAUUUGCAAUUCUUUUAUUAAUAAGUGCAUAUUUUGAUUAUGUCUCAAUUAGAACUUCUCAAAUAAAUAACUAUAAUCUAUGUAAUUUAUAAGAAGAGUUUUAAAUUGAAGAUAAAAUGAAGGGACAAAUGGAAUGCUCAUUUUCAUUUUACAAUUUUACUGUUGUUUUAGAAAUAGUAUGUUCUGUGGCAAUGAUCGUAAACUCUAUUUACAUUAAUUAAUGGAGAUAUAAACAGAUUACAGAACUCAAUGAUUAGUUGUGAUAAUAGUUUUAUAUAUCAAUCAAUGAAAUCAAUAAAACUUGAUUUACUAUUUUUAUUAUUUUUUUUUAUUAGAUGAAACCAAUAAAAA